AAGGAACCCUCACGACAGGCCGACCUACCGCGCCGGGCCUCCGCCCCCCUCCUCACCCUCCCGCCUCUCCCUCGUACGGUCGGUCCUACUCCUACCUACUUCGCUCCCCCAACCAUCUCGCUCCUCUCCCUCUCUCUUUCACACGCACCCACCUCCCCUGCUCCUUUCCUUCCAGCCCGGCACGCCUGAUUCUGAAAUCCAAAUCCAGAGAUCCCAAUUCCACUUUCCAGGCUGCAGCGGAGGGCCGGGGCGCGGUCGGCCAUGGAGUUUAAGGUGGCAUCGAAGGCGGCCGCGUUGCCCGCGGCCUGGCACGGCACGAGCCAGGGAGCGCAGGGCCGGAGCAGCGUCGCCUUUGGAUCGGCGUGGAGGAAGGCGUCGUCGCGGCCGGCGCGGGCGCUGUUCGCUGCAACUAACAACUCCGCGCCGGUGGCCAGGGUGGAGAAACAGAGGAUAGAUCAAAGUCAAAUACUGACCUUGGACAGUGUCAGAACUUCGUUGAUUAGACUAGAAGACAGCAUCAUAUUCGGUCUCUUGGAGAGAGCACAGUAUUGUUAUAAUGCUGAUACAUAUGAUAGCAAUUCUUUCCAUGUGGAUGGAUUUGGCGGCUCUUUGGUUGAAUUCAUGGUUAGAGAAACUGAAAAGCUACAUGCAAAGGUUGGGAGAUACAAGAGCCCAGAUGAGCACCCAUUCUUUCCAGAAGAUCUGCCUGAGACACUGUUGCCGCCUAUCCAGUAUCCAACGGUUCUGCAUCCUAUUGCUGAUUCCAUUAAUAUCAACAAAGAGAUUUGGAAAAUGUACUUUGAUGAAGUUCUUCCAAGGCUAGUGAAAGAAGGAAGUGAUGGAAAUUCUGGAUCCAGUGCUCUUUGCGACACGACCUGCUUGCAGGCACUCUCUAAGAGAAUCCACUAUGGAAAGUUUGUGGCAGAGGCCAAGUUUCAAGAGUCCCCUGAAGAUUACACUCCUGCAAUAAAAGCUCAGGACGGCGCUCAACUAAUGCAGCUCCUCACCUACGAGACGGUCGAGCGUGCGAUCGAACAUCGGGUGGAAACCAAGGCCAAGAUAUUUGGACAGGAGGUGAACAUAGGAGCUGAAGCCAAGGGCAUGGCGCCUGUGUACAAGAUCAGGCCCAGCCUGGUCGCUGGACUGUACAGCAACAGGAUCAUGCCGCUGACCAAGGACGUCCAGAUAGCAUACUUGCUAAGGAGGCUGGACUGAGCGCUGACAAAUGUGCAGCGCAGUGCCUGCUCCAUCAUCCGAUUUUCUUGCGUCAUCAAAGAAUAAACGGGGCAGGGAACGGCCAUAGGCAUAUUCAUAUUGAGACUCAACUUGGAGGAACAUAUUUGAGACGUUUAUUGUUUCACCUAUAUAGAUUUUUGUAUCACAAGAGCAAGAGGAGCCACCGUGUGGUGGGACUGUGGCACAUGAUCAUUUCUAUUGCUGUUGGUGUUUUGCAAAGCUUUGAAUCUUAGAGCAGCUCUAGCUGAUUCUGUAAAACCUCAGCCUGUAUAAUGGUUUUAAGGACGAUCGGUCAAGUUUGUAGA